AUGGUUAGAUUAUUUAGAAGUGGAUCAAAGAGUAAUGAAGAUCAAUUAGAUAUUAGUAGUCCAUCAGAUUAUACACAUAAAUUACAUGUAGAUCAACAAUGGAAUUGGAAGACUAAUACAACAUCAUUUGCAAUGGAGGAUAUUGUUGGUGAAGGUUCAUUUGGUGUAGUGUACAAAGCUGUUCACAAAGACAGUGGUUUCACUCUUGCUAUCAAAGUAAUUCGUAGUGAUGAUAUAUUAGAAGAACCAAUCGACCCUCCACCACCUACUCCUACUCCUACCCCUGCUCCUGCUGCUGGUUCUCCUACUUCAAUUAAAGAAAAAGAAAAGACACCACUUGAAAAAGAGAUUGAUAUCCUUAAAAAGUGCAAGAAUCCUCAUAUUGUCAGUUACUUUGGAUCAUGUAAACGAAAGUAUGAAUUGUGGAUCUUGAUGGAUUAUUGUGGACUUGGCUCAAUUGCUGAUAUCAUGAGAAGUUUAGGACGAACACUCAAAGAAAAGGAAAUUGCUCUUAUCCUUCACCAAGCACUUGACGGCUUGCUCUAUCUCCACUCUAACCAAAUCAUUCAUCGUGAUGUCAAAGCUGCCAAUAUACUGUUGGAUGAAUCUGGUCAAGUCAAAAUAGCCGAUUUUGGUGUAAGCUCUCAAAUCAUCUCAACUUUUUGUAAAGGUUCUAUUGCUGGUACUCCUUAUUGGAUGGCACCAGAAAUAUUAAAAGAAGACAAGUAUAGUAAUAAAGUGGAUAUUUGGUCGUUGGGAAUUACAGCGAUUGAAAUGGCAGAGGGAGAACCUCCAUACAGUGACAUUAAUCCAAUCAAGGCAAUGUACAUGAUGCCUAGAAGACCACCUCCAACACUCAAGGAACCCAAACGAUGGAGUAAAGAGUUUAUCAACUUUAUCGAGUGUUGUCUAGUCAAAGAGAUUGACAAGAGAGCUACACCCCAACAACUCAUGAAUCAUCCAUUCAUUGCUGGUGCCAAACAAGAUGCUCUAAAAGAUUUAGUUUCUAGUGCUAUUAAAGAAAAGAAAAGAAAAUCCAAAAAUUUAAAGGCACAGGAUUAUGUAGAUUUAAAUAGUAGUAAUGAUCUUGUAAACAUUCGUAUGCCAGGUAAAAAGUUUAAUGAUACAACAACAAAGGGUGAUGAGACCACUGCAGGAGGAGGAGGAUACAGUUCAGUCAUUUAUGAUGACGAUGCUCUAAACAACAACAAAAAUAAUGGAAAAGGAGGAUCAACCAUGAAUGAAAGUGGUAGUGAUACUGUCAUUAUUCACAAGGAUUGGGAUAAAACUAAAAGAAAUAGUGCAACUGUCAACAAUAACAACAAGAAUAGUAUUCGUCAAAUUGAUAAUGCUGACUUUAGUACUGUCAUUUUAAACAAAACAAUCAAACCCAAUGGAACCAUCUCCAAUACCAUCCUACAAUAUAAAAAUACCAUUCACAUCAAAACCAAUCAAAUGGUUGAUAAAGUACCAGUUGUAAAAGAUUUAAAUCAAAAUCAAAAAAAUAUUGUAUUAUUAGGAUUGAUCUUUGCCAUUUUAUUAGUCAUUGUAACAUUAUUAAGAAAAAUUGUAUUUACACCAACACCAACAACAACACCAAUAAUCAAUGAACUCGAACAAAAACAGGUAAGUAGUACAACAUGUUGA